AAGGAAUAAAUAAAUAUCCUCUCUCCUUUACUAUACCACGCCGUCUCUCAUUAUCUUCCUUCGGAACUCCAACGCAGUCACGCUCGCUCGCUCUUUGAUCUAUCUCGGUCUUGGUUUAUGAGCUCGAAGGAGAGACCCACUCUCGGCGGUGCGCGGAUUAAGACCCGCAAACGGAAUAUAGCAGCACCUCUGGACCCUGCAACAUUUGCAGAUGCAGUGGUCCAGAUAUAUCUGGAUAAUGCUGGUGAUCUUGAACUUGUUGCCAAGAGCAUCGAAUCCUCAGACCUUAACUUCUCAAGAUAUGGUGACACAUUUUUUGAGGUAGUCUUCACAGGGGGGCGUACUCAACCUGGCACAACAAAGCCUGAUGAGGGGGAGCGUCACAGUUAUUCUGUUAUAGAUUGUGAGCCUAAACGUGAAGCUAUUUUGCCAUCUGUCCUAUAUAUUCAGAAGAUAUUGCGCCGGAGGCCUUUCUUGAUAAAGAACCUCGAAAAUGUUAUGCGAAGGUUCCUCCAGUCAUUGGAGCUUUUUGAGGAGAAUGAGAGGAAGAAACUUGCAAUUUUUACAGCCCUUACAUUCUCCCAGAAGCUAUCAGGGCUUCCGCCGGAGACAGUUUUCCAGCCACUGCUCAAAGAUAAUCUUGUGGGCAAAGGGCUAGUUCUUUCGUUCAUUACAGACUUCUUCAAGGAAUACCUGAAAGAUAAUAGCCUUGAUGAUCUGAUUUCGCUUCUGAAGCGGGGUAAAAUGGAGGACAAUCUCCUUGACUUCUUUCCAUCUGCAAAGCGGUCCCCUGAAGGUUUUGCUGAACACUUCACCAAGGAAGGGCUUGUAGCUUUGGUUGAAUACAAUGAGAAGAAGAUGUUUGAGGUUAAACUCAAGGAGAUGAAGUCUGCAUUGACAAAUCAAAUAGCAGAAGAUACUGAUAUUUCUGAAGUCAUAGAAAACGUGAAGCAGCGUUUUAAGGAUGCUAAAUUGCCUGAUAUUGAAGUUGUACGGAUCUUAUGGGAUGUUUUAAUGGAUGCCGUUCAGUGGUCUGGUAAAAACCAGCAGCAGAAUGCUAAUGCGGCUCUGCGCCAGGUCAAAACAUGGGCACCACUUUUAAAUACAUUCUGUACUAAUGGGAAGCUGGAGCUUGAACUCAUGUACAAAGUUCAGAUUCAAUGCUAUGAGGAUGCCAAGUUAAUGAAGAUUUUCCCAGAAGUUAUUAGGUCACUGUAUGACCUGGAUGUGCUUGCAGAAGAUACCAUUCUUCUCUGGUUCCGUAGGGGAUCAAAUCCUAAGGGAAGGCAAACCUUUGUAAAGGCCUUGGAGCCAUUCGUGAACUGGCUGGAGGAAGCUGAAGAAGAGGAAUAAGUAAAGAUGAUAGCCAUCUAAUCCCGAAGACUCGUAAUAUCCAUUUCUGAAAUAUCAACUCUACCUCCUUAUCCCGUAACUUGUGUGUGGUGAUGGUUGAAUUCGUAAAUGGUUUGCUAUCUGCAAUAAACAAUUUUAUUUUGUACUCUCUA